GAAAAUAAAAUCUGAACUUACUUUUGGACAUGGUGUCAAAACAGUUUUUGCUGAGAGUUUGACUUAUACAGAAACCAUGGUUCGACUGACUUUGAACUUAAUCACCAAAAACAGCAAUCUUAAACCCCGGAAAGAACAAAACAUUGCACAAUCCCUGAAGAAAAUAACUCACAUAAAUUUUUCCGACAGAAACAUAGAUGCAAUUGAUGACAUUUCUCUUUGCAAAAACCUUAAUGUUUUAUAUUUAUAUGACAACCAUAUUAGUCACAUCACUAACCUGAAUUAUACUACAAAUCUGACCCACCUGUACCUGCAAAACAACUGUAUUUCAUGUAUUGAGAACCUCACUUCACUAAAGAAACUAGAAAAACUGUACCUGGGAGGCAAUUACAUUGCAAUUAUAGAAGGUUUGGAAGGAUUAGAAGAACUAAGGGAGCUUCAUGUUGAGAGUCAGAGGCUUCCCCCUGGAGAAAAGCUUCUGUUUGAUCCAAGAUCUCUUCAGUCUUUGGCAAAAUCCCUCUCUACUUUGAAUAUCAGCAAAAACAAUAUUGAUGACAUAAAAGACUUAGAAAUACUGGAAAAUCUUAAUCAUCUAAUAGCAGUUGACAACCAACUGAUGCAUGUGAAGGAUUUGGAGCUUUUACUGAACAAGUUGAUGAAGCUAUGGAAAUUGGAUCUAAAUGGAAAUCCUGUUUGUCUUAAACCAAAAUACAGGGACAGACUGAUCUUGGUGUCCAAGUCACUAGAAUUUCUUGAUGGAAAAGAAAUUAAAAAUCUAGAAAGACAAUUCCUAAUAAAUUGGAAAGCAUCUAAAGAUGCCAAGAAAGUCAGCAAGAAAAGGAGCAAUAAAAACAAGGAUUUAAGCAACUCCUACAUAAGUAAAUUUGAAACAGUGCAUCACAUAGUUCCUGUUUAUUACCCACAGGUGGGUAAGUCAAAAGUAGUCUUUUUCUCUGAUGUACAGAGAUCUCUUGCAAGUGGGAAUGCAGCUACAGAAAGCUCUCAAGAAGAUAAAACUGAAAUUAUUGAAGACAUGGGGAAUCUCUCCUUGAAGGAAUCCAAAAGCUCACUAACAAAAAAAUGA